UUAGGUGAGUCCUCCGUCUGCAGCAGAUGACAUUUCCGAAAGAGUUCGCAUGGUUCAGUAAGGCGCACGUGUUUUGUGGUUUGUGUAUGGUUUCGGAGUGCAGGGCGCAAGAGCUAAGGAAAAAACAUGGGGAAAGCUAAAAAAGUCAAAGUUUCGAAGGGAGAAUCGAAACCACCGAAAAUCAGUUUAGCCGAUCAAAUCGCAGAGGCGGCUACCCUGAAGCCGAAAGAUCGGCAAAAGGUCCGCAAUCGUAAGGACGAGGACGAAGAGUUCGUCGACCCGAAAACGUCGCAAAAAAUCCUUCUGCAAGCGCGAAAACAGCAACAAGAGAUCGAGGAAGAACACGGCUUGGGCUCACACAAGUUCAAGAAACCAAUCACGAGCUUAGGUAAUCUGCAGAUCAGCGACGAUGAGGACGAUCUGCCCGAAGAGGGUGAUGUCGCGGGCAACGAGUACUACGAGGACAUCGAGAUCGACGAGGAGGAUGAGCGAGCGCUCAACAUGUUCAUGGAUCACACUCGUCAGCCUACGCGUACGCUAGCGGAUAUCAUCAUGGAGAAGCUCACAGAGAAGAAAACCGAGUUGGACACGCAAUUCUCGGAGACUUCGUCCGUCAUGCACAUGCAAGAGCUCAAUCCCAAGGUCAAGGAGAUGUACGAGGGUGUAAGGGACGUGUUGGCCAAGUAUCGCAGUGGCAGGCUCCCCAAGGCUUUUAAGAUCAUUCCGAGCUUGAGGAACUGGGAGCAGAUACUCUACAUAACCGACCCUUCCAAAUGGUCUGCUGCAGCUAUGUAUCAGGCUACAAGGGUGUUUGCGUCAAAUUUGAAGGAAAAGAUGGCACAGAGGUUUUUCAACCUUGUGCUGCUGCCCCGUAUCAGGGACGACAUUAACGAGUACAAAAGACUGAAUUUCCAUUUAUAUCAGGCACUUAAAAAGGCACUUUUCAAGCCUGGUGGUUUCAUGAAGGGUAUUAUAAUUCCACUGCUCCAAUCUGGCACUUGCACACUGCGGGAGGCUACCAUAGUUGGAUCUGUCAUUACGAAGUGUUCGAUACCUGUGCUACAUUCUGCAGCAGCGAUGCUUAAAAUUGCGGAGAUGGAUUAUACCGGUGCCAACAGUAUUUUUCUCAGGAUAUUGUUUGACAAAAAGUAUGCGCUGCCUUAUAGGGUCGUCGAUGGUGUUGUGUUCCAUUUUUUGAGGUUUGAAAGAGAUCGAAGAGAAAUGCCGGUCCUUUGGCACCAAGCUCUCUUGACAUUUGUUCAGAGAUACAAGAGUGAUAUAAGCACAGAACAAAGACAAGCUUUGCUGCAUUUGCUAAAGUAUCAAAGCCAUCAUACUUUAACUUCAGAAAUUAGAAGAGAAUUGCAACACGCUGAAUGCAGGGAUGAAGAGAUGGAUGCGCCCAUGGAUAAAGCAAUGGACAGAUUUUUUGAUGAUUGCUAGUAAUUGUAUGUAAAUUAACAUGUACAAUACAAUUCGUAUUAAUUGUUGGAUAUAUUUUAUAUUAACUAGGAUCAACUCUUUUCACCUAACUUUAUAUGUAUAGAAAGUAACAUCCAAAUACAUGUAUUUGAAAGUUA